GAAGCGGAAGUGGCACCGAAGUUGAGCAAAGCAAAAUGGCGAGCCAAGAGGAGGCUGUGCGAGACUUUAUCAACGUUACCGGGGUCGACGAGGAAAGGGCCCGCUUUUUCUUAGAGUCCACCAGUUGGAACUUACAACUUGCUCUUGGUAAUUUCUUUGAGGAUGGCCCUGAGGAUGAUGACAUUGUGACUCUGCCUCAACCUGAAGUAGGAUCCUCCGUGUCCAGGUCCACCGGCCCGAGCUCUCAGCACAGAGUGACGUCCUUCAGAGACUUAAUGCACGAGGCUGAAGACGAAAGUGACGAGGAAGAAGGUCAAAGGUUCUUUGCGGGGGGAUCAGAGCGCAGUGGGCAGCAAAUUGUGGGGCCUCCCAAAAAGAAGAGUCCCAAUGACGUGGUGGAGGAUCUGUUUAAAGGGGCCAAGGAACACGGAGCCGUGCCUCUGGACCGCAGUGGAGGGGGCUCGGGUGAAUCCAGCAAAGCCAAAGCCUUUGAUGGAGGGGGAUACCGACUGGGAGCAGCCCCUGAGGAGGAGUCUGCAUAUGUUUCUAGCGGGAGACGCAAUGCCAACGCACAACAGGACGUUCACGUGGUGCUGAAGCUAUGGAAGUCAGGCUUCAGUCUGGAUGAAGGCGAGCUCAGAAACUACAGUGAUCCUGGAAAUGCUCACUUCCUUGAAGCCAUACGCAGAGGAGAGAUUCCCCUAGAGCUCAGGCAGCGUUCUCGGGGGGGUCAGGUGAACCUGGACAUGGAGGACCAUAGAGACGAGGACUUCAGCAAACCCAGAAUGGCCUUUAGAGCCUUUGGAGGAGAAGGACAGAAACUAGGAUGUGCCACCCCACACUUGGUGGCAGCUCCCGCCUCCCAGCAGGACCAGGCAGCCAACGAAGCCCAGGCCAACGCGGGCGUGAACUUGGACACCUCGCAGCCCGUCACUAGUAUUCAAAUACGACUGGCGGACGGCGGCAGACUGGUUCAGAAGUUCAACCAUACCCACAGGGUGUCCGACCUGCGGCAGUUCUUGGUGGCGGCGAGGCCCGCCAUGGCCGCCCGUGAGUUCGUCCUGAUGACCACUUUUCCCAGCAAGGAGCUGUCAGACGAGAGCGAGACGCUGCAGCAGGCCAACCUCCUCAACGCCGUCAUCGUGCAGCGGCUACAAUGAGGACGGACGCUAGAGACCACGCCCACCUAACCCCCCCGCCCCACCCCCUGUAACCUGCUGCCCCGCCUGAUGAGGAGUCAUGGACUUGUGUUUGGACUUCUUCAUUUCUGAUUUAUUAUGUAAAAUGCAAUGAAUUGCUCCUCUAUCACCAUCACUGCAGCAGUCUUGUAAUCUUCAUUUGGACCAUCAUCCUCAUAUUUCUCAUUUUGUCUACAGCACAAAAAGUCAUCAAUGCUCUAAAUUCUACGUCGUUUUCUGGAACAAUCUAACAGGUCCAACCUUCCAGAACCACAGUUGGUCCAUCUAAAGAUGGUUUUUAGAUUUCAAUCCUGGUUUCCUGUUUUCACUAGGAUGAUCCCAUCUUAGAUUUAUACAGGUUGUUGUUGAUGAUGAAUGGCGAACAAGAGCAUCUGCUUUGUAGCUGUGGAAGGCGGACAUCGUCUAUGCAUCCUGGGGCCUCAUGGGAUACGUUUGGACCUCCGAGGGAAUAAAUCAACUUUAUGGUCAAUGUAUAAA